CUCAUCGUUCCAGCUGUUAGGCGUGAGUGGUUGCAUCAACUAGGUAAGGCUGAAGGCGGUGACACUUAUUCUGCCACCAGGCUACGCCCUCACCUACACUUUCCCACCUUUUACAAACACACAUCUACCAAACUCAGAGUCGCGACCGCCUCUAUGAUUACAUGACACAAUCUAUAGGCGCGUUUGGCUUGUGAUCAAACCGCCUAGCUCUAUUCACGUCCAACACGCAGCCUGCCUAACUACCGAACAUGGCCUCCAACUCGACGAUGCUCACGAAGCGCAGCGCUGCUGGUGCGCUCAUGCCGCCUCCUCCAGCACCAAAGCGAAUAACGCGGCCUUCUGUAGUCCUCGACGAAGAUACGUAUGUCUCAGCGGUAUCACACAUCAUUCGGCGCGACUUCUUCCCGGGGCUGGCCGAGUCAGAUGCACAGCGCGAAUACCUGAAUGCGCUGGAGAGUAAGGACAAGGCAUGGAUCCGCGAAUCUGGCAAGAAGCUCACCCAGGUCAUGACACCUGUGCCCCAUGGUCAAAGGCGAGCAGCGGACAGAACAAGAUUCAGUAGACCAGGCGGCGCAAGCUCUACAGACAAGACUCCCAGCGUCUGGGGCGCAGAUACACCCGUCACAGUCGCCGGCACCGGUGCAGACGAAGAACAUGAAGACGGACUAGGAAAGCUAGACAAAGUCGACCUCGACAUGUCCCUCAACGCCUUCCAAGCAAAGUACACCUCCGAAGACCAAGAAUCCUUCAGCGCCAUAAUCGACAAACAAAACCAGAAGAAAUUCGAAAAGAACACCUGGCUCCACGACGGCAACCGUUACGCCUCCAAGCAGCGCCUUGCCCAGCAAAAAGUCCUCGCCGCAAACGCCGCCUCAGACUCGCAAGCCCUCACCGUCCGCCCAAGCCAGAACCUCGACGACCGCCCCGCCGCGCCCACGAUGCACAAACACACCGCCUUCAACACGCUCAUGUUCAACCCUGACUCUGUUGAGUCCUGGGCCUCGACGAACGUUGCCCGCGCAGAAAGUGCGUCUCUUGCGCCCCCGAGACAGACAAGGUAUGCGAACACGCGCCUCCCUGCUGAAACUGAACCCCUGCCGCGACCGGCGAGUCCUACGCUCUCUGCGAUUCGGGAUGCGGUGUCGGGCAAGCCGAGACUAGGCGCGAGUGAGGGCGGGUACACAGGCAGUGAGACGCCGCGAGUGAAUGGGUAUGCGUUCGUGGAUGCGCAAGCGCCUGAGUCGGACGACGAGGAUGCGCCAGAAGAUCUAUUAGAGCGCUUCGGCGUGACAGGAGAAAGUGCAAGCAAAGCAACGCCCUUCAGUAUGGCCGAAGCGAGCGAGAGAGAGAAGAUGCAUCACAAGAUGGUGGAUCAGAUCGGCGCGAAGCGCGCUGAAGGUGCGAGUAACAGAGCCGGGCCAGCGGGCAAGGGGUUGGGAAUAUUUACGAGCGAAACACCGCGUUUCUUGAGCGCGCCUACACCGGCGACAAGACUUGCGGCGCAGACGCCAGGAAGGAAAGGCAAGGGCGAUCUUACUCCUGCGGCGCAGAGGCUGCUCGAGAGAAUGGGCAAGACGCCGAGAGGCAAUGGAGCAGGAGGCUUUGGUAGCAGGAGUGGGAAGGGGCAAGAUUGGACGCCAGUUUCCAGAGCGAAAAGGAAGCCAUGAUAGCUUAUGUGGAAUAGUACGGAGAGGAGGUGAUACCGGCCUGUACGAAGUGCUCGAGCGGGUUGGUGGAGGGCUAGUGAUACGCAAAUGAGAAUACUCAUACAUUCAUUCGAGAUGUC